AUGGCAACCCCUUCCUCCACAUUUAUUUUGUUACUAUUAAUUGCCUGCUGCUGUCAAAGCGCAGCCACAGCGCAGUCAUCACCCGCCGACAGCAUUGCGCGUCUUCAACUUUUUCAAACCAUCCGGUCAGGAGAUGCUGUCAAACUGGAAUCGAUGCUGCAGAACGGCGCCAAUCCAAACGCUGUUAUGGGUGACUAUUCAGCAUUGAUGGCGGCAGCACUCAGCGGUACCGCGGAGGAGAUGACGGUGCUGAUCAAUCACGGCGCCGAUGUCAACUACGCUAAUAAAGACGGUAUAUCUGCUAUCUGGCUGGCAGUGCCCGACCGCGGCAAAACCACCCUGCUGAUGGGCAAAGGCGCAAAUGUGCAGCAACGGUCCCGCGAAGGCAACACAGUGCUGGUAAAACUGGCUUCCAUACCGGGCAGUGCCGGCUUGCUGCAGUUAUUGAUUGCGGCAGGUUGCGACCCACAAAAGAGCGGGAUUGCCAAUGAUAUAAUGUUUAACGCAGCUGCAUCCGGCGAUACUGCAGUUUUGGGCCUGCUUAUCCGCCAUGCUGUGAGUGUCAGCGACACCUGUUCUUUUGGGGAUUAUCCCAUCAAUGCCGCAACCAAUUACCGCACAUUUGAAACACUUAAAAUGCUGGUAGAACAUGGUGCUGCAGUGAAUGUAAGCCCGGCACACGGCAUUCUGCCAUUAUUUAUUGGUAUGACACCGUUGAUGUGGGCAGCGGUCAGCAAUGACAAACCAUCGUUUUAUUAUUUGCUGGAACAUGGGGCAGAUGCCAAAGCCAAAUCACCGGGUGGCUACAGCACACUGAUGUUUUUAGCCAUGGCUGAUGCAGAUGAUCCCAAAAUGACGCAGGCUUUGAUAGACCAUGGCGCAUCACCGGCAGACAAAGCGCUUGAUGAAACAGAUGCACUGUACCAUUUCAAAUUACGCGGUAAUACCCCCUCGGUUGAACUGCUUACAAAAACCCUUAUAAAAAAAUAA